UUAAUUGAAGUAAACGGGUUCCUCCUUCCCUUAAAUUGGAGGUGAUGUUGUCAGGCAUAGAACGUAAUAUCUUACCUAUGGUUUCAUCAACCCUUUAAUGAACAAGUUGUGCACAAAUCACGUCAUGGAAAAUAUAGGCCUACCGUUACUGAUGGAAAGCCUGAAACACGCGGAAGUAACGGUGACAACGAAAGUAGAUAUCGCAUCUGAAAUAGUCACGUAGCCUACGUUUACUGGAAACCAUGGAAGAAAUACAAUCAAAAGUGGAAAGCUUCCAUAUGGGAACGAUUCUCACCGAAGACACAGCAAGCAUACCCUUGGUGGACAGCUAUGAAGAGGAGGACUGUUCUGAUUCUGACGCCAGUGCUGAGAUUGAUGAAGAUGAUGAAGAGGAGAUGCAGAUCAAGUCACAUUGUGAAAAAUGUAAAGCAGCUCAGCAGCCUCCUGAGUAUGAGAAGGUUACACCAAAGAAGAUUUCUAAGUGGAGCUUCCAGGUACGGCUGGAAGGCGAGGGGACCUAUGAGUGUUCGGCUACAGGUCUGGUGUUUGAGGUGUCGGAGCAGGCUCUGGUCCGCUACUCGGUCCUGUCCUGGUCUGAAUUCUCUAAGUUCCUCCAAGACUCCUGGAGACCUGCUGGAUCGAUUUGGAAUGUGGAUGUGGUCAACAAGGAUUCAUCUGUGCUCAAGUUUAUCCAUUUCCCACACUCUCUGUGCCUUGCUGAACCUGAGCAUGACCUGAGCCUCAGGGUUCUGCAUGUAAAGGAACAACAAGCCGUCAUUGAGUCAACGGUGGACUUCACGGCAAGCCAUGUUAAAUGGCGUGUGUCCUCGCUUUCUCCCCUGGGUCCCAUCAUUUCGUGCAGUGUGCAGGUGAAGCACCACGGGGUGGUGCUGGUUUACAAGGAGCAGAAAAAAAAACCGACAUUCACCUUCCAUGUGUUUUUGGCCUUGAACAACUGCUCUGAGAUCAAGGCUAUUGAAGAACAGGUGCUCUCUUCCAUUAAGACAUGGAUGAAGAUUGACAAACCGCCCACAUGUAGGCUGGAAGAGAAGUACCACAACCUCAAAAGCGAGCCAGAAGGGAAAAUUGAACCCUCGAAUCUAGAAUUCACCACUGAAGUUGUACAGUUGAAGGGCUUUUUUGUAGUACGUUUCGAUGAGGGACCUCCGUUCGAAUUGUUCAUCAGAGCCAAGGACUCUGAUGAACCUUUGUGGUCUACUACAAUCAGAGAAGAGGAUUGGAACGGCAAGAAGAAACCAAAUCUAUGGAAGAGAAUUAAACUUUGGUUUGCGGCAAGGAUUGCUAGAGCUCGGACCCAAAAAGGCAAAAACAAUGUCAAUCAUCAGUUGCGGUUGUCAGGUGGGCCAGGGAAGCUUCAAAGGAUCCGUAGUCCAUUUGUGGAAAGAGUUUCAACCCCACUUAUCAAAGGUCUCCUGGAUGACCUUUGGCAGCAGAAGGUGUUGAGUACUGAGGAAAAGGACACUGUGAUGGAGAACCACAAGAUCAGAGCAGACCAAGCACGUUGUCUGAUCGACAUGGUGAUGGGGAAAGGGGAGAGAGCAAGUGAGGAAAUGAUCAAUAGUAUGAAGGAGAGGGACCAUCAAUUAUGCUUAACCCUGGGUCUGAUCUCUGAUCUGGUCUGAAUUUGUCACUUUGAAAGUACUUUUAAAGAAACUGUCACUGUCAACAUUGUUUUGACAAGACAUUACAUUUAUUUAGCUGACAAAGUAAUUGUUGCUGUCAUGUUUAGAAUAGGUCCUCCUUCCUGUUCAAGUACAUGUGAACUAUGCUGUUCUCCUCAGGUACCGCCUGUAUCCAGAAAGGCAUUCCAUCAACCAUGCUAAACGCAAAGCCGGGCUUAUUUCGCUUAGCUUAGCUACUUUCAGUUACUCUCCUUUUCAGAUUUGAUCCAUGAUUCGACAUUUACCGUUCUGUGAACAUUUCUCGUGAGCACGCAUAGGACAUGAUAACGCUAGCCUGGUUUGAACUAACCUGAACAAGGCGUGGCUGAAUUGCGUUGAUGGAAUGGCUUUAGCCUCAAGUGGAAGUUGGCGUCAGUUCUAACUGGGCUUAAAGGGAUGAUUCACUGGUGGAGAUAUGGAGGUUAUAUGAAGUAAAUAAUUCUGUGUAUUAUAAAUGUGAGAAAAAAAUUGAAAUCGGUUCAUCCUAGCCUGAGAAAAGGCAGAAAGUGUCUCUCUGGCUCAAAAGUAAGAAAUCCUCCAACUACCACAGUGCAUUGUGCCCGCUGCACCGCCCGCCUGUUUCCAUUUGGAGGGGGAAGGACCUAUAGCGCGAGUGGUAGCGCGAGCAAACUUUGUGUAAACGUAUCCCCGUGAUACGUUGACUAGUUUAGACUUCUGCCUUCGUUUUUUCAAACGCAUCAUUUGUAUAUUACUGUACAGCAUAAAAACAUUUGCUAAUUACAAUAGCUCAGCAUAUCAAGUUUCUCCCCAGUUGAAAUAAGUAUUUAUCUUAUACAGUAGGCCUACUUUAGUAUAACAGCCCUUGGAUUAGUAAACUAAUCACAACAUCCAAAUGAAUUUGAAGUUAUAUUCAUUUCAUAUUUAAAAAAUAUGAACUAUUUACAAAAAUAAAACGUGUAGGGUGCGUUUGCUAGAGACUAAAUAGUCACAGCUCCACUUGAGCAUCUACUGUCUCCUGGUAAUUUGUUAAUAAAAGAACAAACACUUACUCUAUGCUCAGACGUCUGUUUCUCCCGGCGGGCUUUGGCUGGCGUUUCCAGUUCACUUUCUGGGUCUGGAAAUAUGUAUCCAAUACCCAACUGUUCAGAUGAGGCUAAAGCCUGGGUGAGAGGUUACACACUUGGCCCCGCCCUUGCCAGAUUCAGCCAUUUAUUCUAGAAGAAACUGGCAUUGCUGAAAUUCGCUGCAGCACAGGGACUCUGUGUUAGUGGCUAUAGGCGAACAGAGCAAACCAGCGCGCUCCAGCUCCUCGUCCUCUGCAACAGGCAGGGCUUGUUCAGCUGCAGCCCCAGCCUCCCCCUCUAUUUGUGUACAUUCUUCCUGGCUGUAUUCUGGCUCGUACUAAUAUCCCUGAAUGUCAGAAUUCAACAAUAGAUUUUCAAAAUCCACUUUGGCUGUUUCACAAUGCAAAUUUGUUCUCUAGCUAAGCGGUGAAGAAACAUGGCGGACAUUGUGUUGACAUCUCAUACGCGAGAGGUGAUAGGUCUGUUAGCGCAUUAGGCCCCACCCCCUAUGGGCGGGUUUGAAAGGGUGGGAACUAGUGCUUGUGGUCUCAAUAGAAAUCCCCCCUCUUGUAUUUCCUGCUGGUAAUGACGCCAUUGCCAGAGGAAGUGCAAGAGGUAAAUACAGAUUUCUCCGUGUUGCAUGACCAUUCAAACGCAUGACUGGGUUUCUAACAAUGCAAAGCUUAAUGCAAAUGGAUGGAGUGUUCCGUUAAUCAACUAAGCGCCGCCUUCGUUAGCGAUUUUGAUGAAUACCCCUCAGGUAUAGAUAGGAAUUUUGUUACAAUUUAUCAAAAUAAUGUUAGUAUGGUUGUAAUCAUGGAGUUUGUAAAACAAGUUGACAUUAUGCCAAAGAAAGAAUACAUUUUUGCUUAUCUUGACAUUUUUACUAGUCCACUAAAUUGUAUUCAGGUUGCAUUUUUUACAUUUUUGCAUCAUUUUUUUGUAUAAUUUUUGUGAUUGCAAUGCACUUCCCCACGCUCCGUGUGUUGCAAAAUUCAAAUGACAUUUCAAUAUAUAUAACUUUUGCAAGUUUUAUUGAGGAUUUCAUUGUCACUUUGCAUAUUAAAACACACUUUGA